CACCGGAAGUGAGUAGUACUAAAGAAGAAGAAGGAGGAGGCGGACGCUUCCGGUUGCAGGAGGCUGUCGCUAGUGUAGUGUUUUCCUGGAAAAGAAGUACGUGUUAGUGUAUCGUGGGAGAAGAAGAAGAAGCAGCGCUGAACGGAACAGAACAUGGACUGUGAAGAGAAGACGUACGGUGGCUGCGAAGGCCCAGACGCCAUGUACGUGAAACUGAUCUCCUCUGACGGUCACGAGUUCAUCGUGAAGAGAGAACACGCGCUAACGUCAGGAACCAUCAAAGCCAUGCUGAGCGGCCCUGGUCAGUUUGCUGAAAACGAAACGAAUGAAGUGAAUUUCCGAGAGAUUCCGUCUCACGUCCUCUCCAAAGUCUGCAUGUAUUUCACCUACAAAGUCCGAUACACCAACAGCUCCACAGAAAUCCCGGAAUUCCCCAUCGCUCCGGAAAUCGCCCUGGAACUGCUCAUGGCUGCAAACUUCUUAGAUUGUUAAACGUGUACGCGGUGCACGUGCUUGAGUUCGAUGAAACGUUUUAGUAAACAAAAUAGACAAAACGUGUGGCAGAAGGACGUGUCGUGUGCUUUUAAAUUUUAGUUCCCUUUCCCACAGUAUUAGUUUUGUCCAUGAUGCAGAAUUCCGUAAGGAGAAGGUCGUUACGCAGAUAGCAUGUUGUGUCUGUUUCCCCUCCACUGCUAAUGAAUUGCUGUGAAAUACUAACCACAUGAAUAAAAUAAUUUAAUAAUUAA